GUGUGAUGCAACCAGCUGUAAGCUAUCUCCACAACUUCACACCACAAGUUAGGCUUUUCGGUUGGGACAACAUUUACACCCUUAAAGAUACUUUGUGUUACCGUAUGUCGCUUUGUACUCUCUUUUAUCCGUAUCGGGUUUUGCUCACUCUUCCUCGGUUGCUAACAGUAGCAACGCCAAAACGACACUCUUCCUAAAUGGAUUUGAUGUGAUUUCGCCACCUGUACCUUGUUUUUUUUGAGUGGAUCUGUGUUUUUUUUAAUGGCCACCGCGGCCCCACCUCCGGCCUCUGGCUCCACAGCGGCCACUGAAAACACAAGUCCCGGAUCCAGUAGCUCAACUGCGGCCGACAGCGGCAACCAGGACAGCACCUUUGAGUGUAAUAUAUGUCUGGACACCGCUAAGGACGCAGUGAUCAGCCUGUGUGGACACCUCUUCUGCUGGCCUUGCUUGCAUCAGUGGUUGGAGACCAGACCCAACAGACAAGUGUGUCCAGUGUGUAAAGCUGGCAUCAGCAGAGACAAAGUUAUUCCCUUAUAUGGACGGGGAAGCACAGGUCAACAGGACCCCAGAGAAAGAACACCCCCUCGACCACAAGGACAGAGGCCUGAGCCAGAAAACCGUGGUGGCUUUCAAGGAUUUGGCUUUGGAGAUGGGGGUUUUCAGAUGUCAUUUGGAAUCGGUGCCUUUCCAUUUGGUAUAUUUGCCACAGCCUUUAACAUCAAUGAUGGAAGACCUCCUCCAGCGGCCCCCGGGACACCGCAGCACAUGGAUGAACAGUUCCUGUCUCGGCUCUUCCUAUUCGUCGCUCUGGUGAUUAUGUUUUGGCUCCUGAUUGCGUAGCUGCAUGGAGAGACAACAUCUCAAGUAAACCCAAAAGGUUUGACAGAGACAUGAUGGCACAUUGUCACAAAUCACACCUGCAAUAAUUUUGCCUCAAUACGUUACGUUUCAUAGUGAGCUUUGAACGAGUUGGUUAAUCUAAAAAUAAAGAUAUCCAUGCGAAUCUAACAAUAGCAUCUUUUAAAGGUGAACCAAGUUUGGUCACCUUAUGUUUGGACUCAUGAACAUGGUUAUGUGAUGUGCUUACUGAGCAGCACACAUAAAUUCUUCCAUAUGACGGCUUCAAACCUGAUACAAGCUUACCCUACAUGCAGAAAAGGUGAUUCUCGGUGCUCUUUCAUUUUACGUUAAUUACUUUCUUUUGAGCAUAGUAUUGUUAGUACUACUGUACCAAAAGACAAAUCACUGCUCAUUUACUUUACUUUUUCAUACACAUGUCCACUCUGAUCUACAUUCACCAUCGGCUUUAUGUGGAGAGUUGACCUGACACAUUCUGGGAUAGCUUUUAAUAUACUACUAUUAUUUUAUGACUGUAUAUGUAACUUUAAACUGUUAUAUGUACAUUGGCCCAACAGUUUUGAUACUUUGUCCAUUAAAUUCUCAACCUUACUUUUAUGUUGUGCUGAAACGUUGUACCCUUGCCCAACUUAACAGUUUUUUCACAGCAGACAUUCAAUUUUUUAUAGGAGAAAAAAGCACAGGUGUUACUAAUCAUAUUAAUGAUGGCUCCGUUGUAUUAAAGAGUCCCUGAACUCAACCUCUGCUGGAUCUUACAAUUCACACAUCUCAUCGGAAAAAUGUACCAAAAUUAUACACAUGCUUUGUGGAAUCAAAACCAUGUCAGACAUUGUCUCUUUUUUUUUUUUUUCUUUAGAUGAUAUUGAAAAGACGCAUGCAGAUAGCUGAAAGAUUAAUUUAUCUAACAGUGUUCUUCUCCAAAUGGUUUUUAUUUUUGCUCAGUUUUCUGUAUGGUACUGUAAUUAAAUGUAAAAUAGUGUAAAAUGUUACAGAAUUAGAUUUGUUGGUUGAGCAUAAAACCACUUUUCUAAAUGUGAAUUCACUAUUGGCGGUAAAGUUUAUGUAAAUAAAGACGUUAAUCAUA